AUGAGCACUCAAGCAUACUAUGAGCUCUACCGGGGUAGCAGUAUUGGCUUGUCCCUAACCGAUACGCUUGAUGACUUGAUCAACGAGGGCCGUAUCGAACCGCAGCUAGCGAUGAAAAUAUUGUCAAAUUUCGAUCGGGUCAUAACAGAAGUCCUUGCCGAGAAAGUGAAAGCCAGACUCUCUUUCAAGGGUCAUCUGGAUACCUAUCGAUUCUGCGACGAAGUCUGGACAUUUCUCAUCAAAGAUGCUACCUUCAAACUCGAUAACCAGACCACGGUCCAUGCGGACAAAGUGAAAAUCGUCAGUUGCAAUAGCAAGCGUCCAGGGGAGGUGUAA